GUGUGUGAUUCUGGUGAAGGGCUACCCCAACUCAUGGGUCUGGGGUACCUGAAUGACCAGAUCUUCAUACACCGUGAUAAGAAGAUAAGGCAGCCUGUGCCUUUAGUUCCAUGGAUGAAGAAGUUAGUGAAGGAUGAUCCUGAGUACUGGAACUUGCACACUCAGCAUACGACUGGUCUGGAGAAGACUCUGAGGCAACAGGCGGCGAUGGUUCAGAAAUAUGGCAACCAGAAUGAGAGUUUUCUCACCUGGCAGGGAAUAAGUGUCUGUGAGAUGAGGGAGGAUGGCCAGAAAGUGGGGAAUAUCCGUUUUAGCUACAAUGGGAAGGACUUUAUCAGCUUCGACAAGGACACCCUCUCCUGGACUGUAACAGCCAAUGCUCCAGAGUUCAAGAGGAAGUGGGACACUUUCACAGCCAGUCCUCAGUAUUACAAGGAAUACCUGGAAGGGGUGUGCAUUGAAUGGCUAAAGAAAUACAUAAAGUAUGCCAAGGAAUCUCUGCUGAGGAGAGAGCCCCCAGUGGUGAAGGUGCUGCGAAAGAUGGACUCCAAUGGCCUGGAGACUCUCAUCUGCCGUGCCUACGGCUUCUACCCCAAGGAGAUCCAUCCAACCUGGAAAAGAGAUGGGGAAUUCUUGGAGCAGGAGCCCCUCCGUGGGGAUGUUGUCCCCAACUCAGAUGGGACCUACCACACCUGGACUGGCAUCAAUAUUGACUCCAAGGACAGGGCCCACUACCAGUGCCAGGUGGAACAUGUUGGUUUUCCAGAGCCUCACCUCUUCGCCUGGAAGGAACCUGCUUCAGUGGGCCUCAUUGUGGGGGGCAUCCUGAUGGCUGUGGCUGCUGUUGUCCUGCUGGUGGCUGGGAUCAUCUUCUACAUGAAGAAGCAGCAGGGAGGCUACAAAGCAACGUCAGCUGAGAAACCCUCCUCCCUCUGAAGUGACCCUUCAGCACCAGAAAUGUGGCUGAGGGGCAGUGGUGGUGCAGUGCUGCAGGGACGCAGUCCUGGUACAUUUUCCCCUGCAGGGUCUCAGCAGGGACGCAGGGCACUGGGCUUUCUACAUGGAAAUAAUGGACUGCUCUUGCUAUUCCAUGAAUUCAACCAUGGUCAAUGGGAAGGAACCAGUACAUUCCAGUGGGCUUUCCCUGUCAUUCAUUCUAGUACAUGCCCUGGAAUUGACCUGAUCCUCAACGUCUUGUAACAGAACUCCCCAAAUUAUUGCAU